AAAAGUUCUAACCUAUUGCAUUUUUAUUAGAAUUACGUAGGCAGCAGGAAUUGAAAAACUCUGCCUGCCUGCAUUCAGCAAUGCCUCCUUGUGACUUUGUGCCUGAAAAAUACGAGUCUUAUCCUUAUGAGCGCAUGCUGAAGAUCCGUAGACAGUAUACUUCUCCAUCCCUCACAACCUAUUACAAGAAACCACUGCUGCUACACCAGGGGCACAUGCAGUGGCUGUUUGACCAUGAAGGUCGUAGGUACCUCGAUCUCUUUGCUGGGAUUGCCACUGUUGGUGUCGGUCAUUGCCACCCUAAAGUGACAGCAGCUGCCCAGAAACAACUUGGUCGCUUGUGGCACACAGCCAGUGUCUACAUGCAUCCAGCAAUUCAGGAAUACACGGAGAAACUGACGUCCCUGCUUCCAGACCCAUUAAAGGUGCUUUACAUAACCAAUAGCGGUUCAGAAGCCAAUGACCUGGCCAUGGUUAUGGCAAGGCUUUAUACACGGAACUUUGACAUAAUUGGUUUCAGAGGAGGAUACCAUGGGGGCAGCCCUUAUACCAUGGGCGUGACAUCCAUUGGAAAUUACAAGCAGGUUCUUCCUCAUGGCUCUGGCUGCCAAACAACAAUGUUACCGGAUGUUUUUAAUGGUCCCUGGGGUGGAAGCCAAUGCAGAGAUUCUCCAGUGCAAACAAUUCGGAAAUGCAGCUGUUCUCCAGGCUCUUGUCAUGCAAAGGAUCGUUACAUCGAGCAGUUUAAAGACACGCUGGACACUUGCGUGCCAAAGAAGAUUGCGGGCUUUAUCGCUGAGCCAAUUCAAGGUGUCAAUGGCACAGUUCAGUAUCCCGUAGGAUUCCUAAAGGAGGCUUUUGAACUAGUGCAUGAAAGGGGAGGAGUAUGUAUUGCAGAUGAAGUUCAGACAGGGUUUGGUCGCACAGGCAGCCAUUUCUGGGGAUUCGAAGGACACGGUGUGGUGCCAGACAUUGUAACCAUGGCCAAAGGAAUCGGCAACGGCUUCCCCAUGGCAGCAGUCAUCACUAAAGCAGAGAUUGCAGGUUCUUUGGCUCAAGGCUUGCCCUUUAACACUUUUGGAGGAAACCCCAUGGCCUGCAUUGUUGGAUCUGCAGUUCUGGAUGCAAUAGAGGAAGAUGGCUUGCAGAAAAACUGUGAGGCAGUUGGGACUCACCUGCUGCGAGAGUUUGCCAAGCUCCGGGAUGAGUUUGAAAUCGUCGGAGAUGUUCGUGGCAAAGGGCUGAUGAUUGGGAUCCAGAUGGUCAAGAACAAGGAGAGUCGCCAGCCCCUCCCAGCUGAGGAGAUAAGUGAGAUCUUCGAAGACUGCAAAGACAUGGGUUUGCUCUUUGGGAAGGGAGGAACUCAUUUCCAGACCUUUAGAAUUAAGCCACCCCUGUGCAUCACCAAGGAAGACGCAGACUUCGCAGUCGACGUUUUUCACACAGCUUUAACCAGACAUAAGAAGAGAACGGCGGCUGCAAAAUAGCAUUCCCUCUAUCAUUAACUUCAUUAGUUGCCAUUCAACUGCUACUUUUUCAUAGGUUCUGUAGUAAGAAAUUAUCCAGUUGCCAGGGAACGUGUGAAACAGAACGACGUGGGAGAAAGGAUGUUCAGGUGGCACAUAUCUGUAGACAUCCAGAAGCCAGAUUCCACAACUAGCAGGAAUUGUCCAUUCAGCUAGCAGCAAAGGACUCUCAAAUUCCAAUAAUGAUCGAUUCGGUUGAAAAUGGGGAAUGGACCUGUCUGUACACCUUCAAACAACUUAUCAGUGGAAUUUCAGAUUCUCAAAAUGCUACAACUGUUCCAUUAGCCUAUGUCUUUGAGCCUGAGUAAAAGAUGGACAGUUGGAGAGCCAGUCUGCUGUAGUGGUUAACCGUGUAGUGGGAGAACCUAAUGAUUCCCCACUCCUCCACUUGCAGCUGCUGGAAUGGCCUUGGGUCAGCCAUAGUUCUCGCAGAGCUGUCUUUGAAAGGGCAGCUUCUGAGAGAGCUCUCUCAGCCCCACUCACCUCACAGGGUGUCUGUUGUGGGGGGAAAAGAUAGAGGUAAUUGUAAGCUGCUGUGAAUCUCUGAUUCAGAGAGAAGGGCAGGGUAUAAAUCUGAAGUUGUCUCCUUCUUGUAGCAUCUUCUACGGGGAGAAAAAAUAGGUAGAAUACAGGGUGAUCAUGCCCAGCAUUAAAAACUGUUUUUUUCUUCUCA